CGGCUGCGGAUUAGGGGACCGGAAAGGGAGGGGUGGGCCGCAGGCGCCGGACGUGACGUAACCCGGAAGCGACUUUCCGAAGAGAAAUAGGGGGCGCGUGUUUGCAAAUUGACAGAGAAAAUAAAGGGACCGACCUGCUGUCAGCCUAGCUUACUGGUCUGCGUCCGUUUCACCACGGAUUCAGUUACUAAGCAUUUUUUCUUUUUUUGGUUCUUUGCAACGUGAGUGGCAUUGGCUCAGUGAUUUCCAUGAGCCUCUCUACGAGAAAACAUUGCCUCGAUGAGGUGUGGUGGAAGCCCGGCAGCCCCUUCUAAUCGGCUAGGCUUGAGAAACCGUGUAUCUCUGCAUUUCCGAAAUUAACUCAGCGUGGUCGGCAAGAUUUUCCUGAGCAUCUGGUGUCAAGACACUCGUCACUAUUAAUUCGGAAAGAAAAAAAAAAACACCGUUUUCCAGCAUUUCUCUUGGUGGAGAACUAAACAACAGGAAAAAUGUCUAUUUUCCCUAAGAUAUCUUUGAGACCCGAGGUUGAAAACUACCUUAAGGAAGGCUUUAUGAAUAAGGAGAUUGUGACUGCUUUAGGUAAACAAGAAGCAGAAAGGAAGUUUGAAACUUUGUUAAAGCACCUGUCACAUCCUCCGUCAUUCACAACUGUCAGAGUGAAUACACAUUUAGCCUCAGUACAACAUGUGAAAAAUCUGUUACUUGAUGAACUUCAGAAGCAGUUUAAUGGAUUAAGUGUUCCUAUUCUUCAACAUCCAGACCUUCAAGAUGUGUUACUUAUUCCUGUUAUUGGACCCAGAAAGAAUAUUAAAAAACAACAGUGUGAAGCCAUUGUUGGAGCCCAGUGUGGCAAUGCAGUUUUAAGAGGAGCCCAUGUCUAUGCCCCAGGAAUUGUGUCAGCAUCAAAAUUUAUGAAAGCUGGAGAUGUUAUUUCUGUAUACUCUGAUAUUAAAGGAAAAUGUAAGAAAGGAGCCAAAGAAUUUGAUGGAACAAAAGUAUUUCUGGGAAAUGGGAUUUCUGAACUAAGCCGCAAAGAAAUCUUCAGUGGAUUACCUGAACUGAAGUAUGUCAUCAGAGGCAUGGGCAUAAGAAUGACAGAACCAGUAUAUCUCAGCCCUUCAUUUGACAAUGUACUGCCCCGUUACUUAUUUUUACAAAAUUUGCCAUCUGCCUUAGUAACUCAUGUACUAAAUCCUCAACCUGGAGAGAAGAUUCUAGACUUGUGUGCAGCACCUGGAGGGAAAACAACACACAUUGCAGCACUAAUGCAUGAUCAGGGAGAAGUUAUAGCACUGGAUAAAAUCUUCAACAAGGUAGAAAAAAUAAAGCAGAAUGCCUUAUUGUUAGGGCUGAAUUCCAUCAGGGCAUUUUGUUUUGAUGGAACAAAGGCGGUUAAACUUGAUAUAGUGGAGGACACAGAAGGGGAACCUCCAUUUCUACCAGAAUCCUUUGACCGAAUUCUUCUGGAUGCACCCUGUAGUGGAAUGGGACAGAGACCAAACAUGGCCUGUACUUGGUCUUUGAAGGAAGUGGCAUCAUAUCAGCCAUUACAGCGAAAACUCUUCACUGCAGCAGUUCAGCUGCUGAAGCCAGAGGGUGUGCUGGUUUAUAGCACGUGCACUAUAACACUGGCCGAAAAUGAAGAACAAGUUGCCUGGGCCCUGACAAAAUUUCCUUGCCUUCGGCUUCAGCCCCAGGAACCGCAGAUUGGAGGAGAGGGAAUGAGGGGAGCUGGGCUCUCAUGUGAACAAUUGAAACAGCUGCAGCGAUUUGAUCCAUCAGCUGUGCCGUUACCGGACACUGACGUGGACUCUCUGAGAGAGGCCAGAAGAGAAGACAUGUUGCGUCUGGCUAAUAAAGACUCUAUAGGUUUUUUUAUUGCAAAAUUUGUAAAAUGCAAAAGCACAUAGGAGAGGGAUGGAUGCUCAGAAAUGAAAAUUCCAAACAUUUGCUGUCUGUGGUUUUUUUUUUUUUUUUUUUUUUAAACCAAAGUGUUGUCAGGCCAACUGAAUGAUGAUGUGGUUGCUAAGGAAACAGAAAAGGCUGCCAGCUGUUUUACCAGGGAUCCAGAGACAUAGAGGAAGUAGGGGGUGGUAUGAGAUUAUAUUUUCUGUUUUUAAAAGAAUUUUUUUCUUUAUGUAUUUAGUAGAGUAUAAAGAAAAGCAGAUGCCUGUAGAUGUCUGGAGCAUAUUUUCAUUUGUGAUCUAAUGUUUUAAAUUGUAAAGUAUACAAGUCAUUUUUAAUGUUAAAAAUUAGUGAAUCUAACAAAAGGAAUAAAUUAGCAAUAUUU